AUGUCCACAAGCACCGACCAGAUCCUCCGUGUCGAUCGAUCCGACAAGGAGUCCUUGACCAGCGAGGAAAACGACUACGUCCUUUUCAAAGUAUCUCGAGACGACGGCACACCAUCAAGCUUGGGUGUGAGCUUGACCGCAACGGAAGGACUCGCUGUGUUUGUCGGUAGGAUCGUUCCAAGUCGCAUACGGAGCAUCAAGGCGCCCAACUAUCGUGGUAGCGAUGAGAACUUGGAAGUAGCCGUGCGGCACUGCGUUCUCGAGGAGCCGAUCCCGCCUCAGCAUGCCGAGACUCUUGCCGGGCUGGAGAUCGUGGCGUAUAAAUCGUCUGUAAACAAAAAUGCGGCGGAGGAGCAGCUCCAUGUCGUCAUUCGGCAACAGGUCAGCGGCAUCGUGCAACGACUCGCCACCAUCGAACUCGCACCCAGCGAUGAAGAAGUCGACAUCCUCUCCUGGACCGCGACCGCCGUCCAGUCCGCCCAUCGCUUCCGCGCCGAAUCCGCAACCCUAACCGCCCAACUCCAAGCGCAGCUGACCCGCGCCGAGACCCUGCAAACGGAGCUGGAAGCGCUCCUCUCGCGGAAGCGCGAUGACGAAGAUGCCAUGCUCCUCAAGUUCGCGGCACUGCUGAACAGCAAGAAGCUGAAGAUCCGCGAAAUGCAGCGCGCCAUGGCCCUCCGCCCGCACGCCGCACCCGGUAUCAAAUCCGACGAAUCACCCCCUCCAGACAAUUCCGACCACAAACCUCCCCGUCCCAAACGCAAACCCCCCACCCAAUCCCCCUCCCCCUCAUCCUCCUCCGACUUCGAAUCCAUGCCCCUGCCCCGUCCUGCCUCCCCCUCCCACUCGAACGACGACACCUCCACCCAGCCCCCCAGCGACACCGACACCGCCACUGCCAGCGACCAUGAGCCCGAAUCUAGCCCUCCGAAAACCCGGAAACUCGGCCGCGUCGGUGGGGGGAAGCGGUCACCAAUUCCCGCGGCAAAUCAGGGGCGGAAUGCCGCCUCGCCGCCGGCGACGCGGAGGAGUCGACGGCAGCAGAGUAAGGAACCGUCGCCAUCAGUGACGACGGCGCGAAGAAGUCAACGUACGCGGGCGAGUCAGGUGGAUGAGGAGGGGGAUGGGGAUGAGAUGGAGGUGGAGGUGGAGAUGCCGCCGCCGAGGAGGGAAUUGCCGCAUCGGAGGGGGGUGGUGGAGCGGACGGAUGAGAGGGUGGGGGAGGAGGGGAGUGAGACGGAGGAUGAGUUGUGA